CUCCCACACUGAAAAACUUCUCUGGAGUGACACUUUCUGCUAAGGAUUUCUUGGAUAGUAAACCUCAUCUUCCAAGGAUCUAACAGCACAGUCUCUCUAUUUGCUUCAGCCACUUUUCCCACUUGUCAGACCUCAGAUCAGCUCUAAGGUGAAAAGGUCAUAGGGCCCAGGUGUAGCCCUGACUACAGUAAUAGGAUCAUCAUCACCUUCACUUUGCCCAUAAGCAUGACAACCAAAUCGAACAGCAGUGUUCUGGGUGGCAAGGCUUCCUCAUCACCUCUCCUGUCCGCUCCACCUCACCAGCGUCUGAUCACCAAAGAUGGACACUGUGCACUUCGCCCCACUGUGUGUUCUUCGGGCUCAUGGCAUGAGACUUUACGCAGAGCCUGGCUGUUGGCCCUGCAGGAUGUGUGGGGAUUGUUGGUGAGUCUGCGCUGGAGAUGGGUCCUCCUGGCCUUCUGCACCUCCUUCCUGGCCCACUGGCUGUUGUUUGCCUGUCUGUGGUACUUGCUGGCACACCUAAAUGGGGACCUUGCUGUGCAGGAUCAUGAUGCGCCCCCACAGGGGCAUGUGCUCUGUGUAAAGCACAUUACAAGCUUCACUGCUGCAUUUUCCUUCUCCCUGGAGACUCAGCUAACCAUCGGCUAUGGCACUAUGUUCCCCAGUGGAGACUGCCCCAGUGCUAUAGCACUGUUGGCUGUACAGAUGCUGCUUGGGCUCAUGCUGGAAGCAUUUAUCACAGGUGCAUUUGUAGCCAAGAUUGCCCGCCCCCAGAAGCGAGCAGGAGCCAUACAAUUCAGCCACCAGGCAGUGGUGGGCCAACACCUGGGUCAGACGUGCCUCAUGCUUCGAGUCACCAAUCUGCUGCAGCGGCCUCUGGUGGAUGUAAAGGUGAGUGCUGUGCUAUACGAGGAGCAUGAAGGCCAAGCUCUGCACCAGACUUCAUUGGACUUCUAUUUGGACCAUUUGGGCCAGCAGCCAUGCCCCUUCUUCAUUUUCCCACUCACCUUUUACCACCCCCUGGACCGUCGGAGCCCCCUCUAUCCUGUCCUGUGUGAGGGUUCAUCAACCCACUUUGAGUUAGUUGUCUUCCUAUCAGCCUUGCAGGAGGGAACUGGCGACACUUGCCAGAAGAGGACCUCUUAUCUGCGCCAAGAAAUCCAGUUUGACCGCCGCUUUGUCCCUGCUUUGGGUUUGGAUGCCUGUGGAAGGUACACAGUGAGCAACCAGCACUUUGAUACAGCCCAUUCAAAAGAGCCUAUGAACAAGGACUGUGUGGUGCAGAUCAACGGUGAUGGAAAUGAGAGGAUGGAGUAAGAAUGCUGAAGGGAAGAUUCUCAAAGAGACCGAGAGAAUAUGCAAGUGGAGGCAGAUAUAUUUGUUGUCAGGAGGUAUUUGAUUGAAUUUGGUAAAUUUGAAUUUAUGAUUCAACAUUAUAAAAAUUCAAAUGUAUGCCAGAUAUAUAUAAGUACUGCUGCAGGCUCCCUCACCUCCUCCCUCAAAUCACUUCAAGUCCUCAGUGCUCAAAGCAGGGGAACCAGUAACUACUGGCAGUUGUAUUAGUUAAAAUGACUGACUAGCAAGGAUGGAAGAAUGUGCGCGGAGUGGGGUAUAGGGAGAUGUGUGUGUUUGAACAUUUAAUACUUAAGGAAAAGUAAUUCAAGAUGAUGAAAAUGCAAGGAUCAUAGAAGAAUUUACAUGACUGAAUAAGAACAGUCUAAACUGUUCUCUUAUCACACUUCAAACUUACAAGGUACGAUCAAAAAGUUUGGUCACUCAGCUCAUGAAAAUACACAAUUUAUAUUUAGGCAUCACCUUAUCGACAGCACUUGAGUGCUACUGCAGUUUCACUGUCAUGCUUGCCCCAUUACUGUAUUUUUAACCACACUAACAGACAGUUGCUACUCACCAACUGCACAUCUUGCCAGAUUUGGUUAAUUCUUUUCUCCAAAAUCAAAUGAAAAUUGCAGAAUUGCUGUGUUUAAAGAAUGAUUGUGAAAAAUCCAUGGUUAGAAGUACACAGGAGCCAAAAUUUAAAUCUAUUCUAGGUUUUUAUUUUUAUUUUGGGGAGCCAUGGAGCAGUUUGAUUGCAUUUUGUAUCAACUAAAUUUUCACGCUUCUCAUACAAGGAUAAGAUAUUUAUUGAAUUCCAAGUAAGCAAUUUACUGUGUAGAAAUUCAGAUGUACCUUGUUCAAAUGUAAUACCUGCUUUGAGAACUUACUGACUUAAGCUAGCUAAAGGGUAGGUUCCGAUAGACUUAACAGGAAUAACGUAUGAAUAUUACUUGACUGGGACCAGACAUAAACAGUUGCAGGCCAGAAUAAACUUACAGUUCCCAGCUACAACAAGCAAUACAGUACAUGACAACUGAAUGAUCCAGAACGUGACACAGUGGUGGAGUGGCCAGUAGGAAUAUUCUGGGUUUGAAUCAAGAGUUUGCAUGUUGUCAUCCUUGCCUGUGAGUGCCCAGUGGCAACACUACAUUACCUAUUUAUAGAGGUUAUAGAAUUUCUUAUUUACCUUUAUUAUCAAAUUAAAUAGAAUUAGUUUUCUAGCAAAAAUACAUUUGAGAGCAAAGCUAUAAAAGCAGCACUCACAAAAUGUACAUGUUAUUAAAAAGUGAAAAGGUCAGGAUAACAAUAAGUACAGUGAUCUGCAUUAACAUUUGCAAGCAUGCUCACAGUGACAAUGACAAAUUUAGACUCAUCUCUCUUUCUUCCAUAGAGUUAUCCUGCCAACAGGCUAAGUCUGUGUGAUCUUGUAAAGCCGUGGGCUGUGAAACAGGGUAGAUGGUGUAACAGUGACUGAAGAAAAAUGAUGAGAAAAAGAGGGUAAUGUUUGACAGCUUUUCCUAUCCUUAACCUAUGUGAGUAUUCAAAGUUCAGAUUCAACUUUGGUGACUGUUAACUUUAUUUAUAUAUGACAGAAAAAAAAUAGCAAAAGGAGCAAA